AAGAAGAAAUUUGGGUCCAGCUGGGAUGCCAAAGAGGCAGGAUCUACCGAGGGCACAGAGGAGGACUUCCUGUCCAACCUGGGGACAGCACAAAAUUACAACAUCAACGUCUCACAUGGUCAGAGCAGCAAAUUCAUAGACCAUCUCUUCACUGGGAAUGUUCUAGGCCACGAGUCCGACAUAGCCGACGGCAGCCUCCGCGGCUGGGAGUUCAGGAGCUUUGCCAAUAUAGUCGGCGACUACUAUGUGUCCCCACGCUUCCUGGAUGCUGUUGCGAUGCACAUUGUGAAAAACUGGAUGGUGGACAAUGGCGCCUUUGACCCAUCGCACAGAGUGCCCCUCAUCCUCGGCAUCUGGGGGCCCAAAGGGCAAGGGAAGACCUUUCAAACAGAGCUGACUUUUAAGAAGCUUGGGAUAGAGCCGGUGGUGAUGAGCGCUGGAGAGCUGGAGUCAGAGUGGGCCGGGGCACCGGGGCGGCUGAUCAGGGACAGGUACAGGAGGGCUGCUGAGGUGGCAAAGGUGCGGGGGCGGCUGCCGUGCCUCAUGAUCAACGAUUUGGACGCCGGUGUGGGUAUUCAGGAGAAUGUGCAGCGCACGGUGAAUAACCAGAUGGUGUCAGGGACCCUGAUGAACCUGUGCGACAACCCCAACCGGGUGUCGGUCUUCCAAGUGUGGCGCGACUCAGACCUGGUGCAGCGGGUGCCCAUAAUUGUGACCGGCAACGACUUCUCCACCCUCUUCGCGCCCCUCGUGCGCGACGGCCGCAUGGCUAAGUUUUAUUGGGAGCCGGACCGCAUCGAUCUCCUCAACAUCCUCCACCAAAUGUACAAGGAGGAUGGUCUGAGCGUGGAGGAUACCCAAACGCUGCUGGACACCUUCCCGGGGCAGUCACUCGAUUUCUUUGGGGCGCUGCGCGCAGCCACCUAUGACAACCAGAUCCGGCGGUGGAUCAAGGAGGAAGUGGUCAAGGCUGACAUCACCGACGAGGACGCCAACAUGCGCGAGCUCUCUAAAAGGCUCAUCGACCACAUGCAUGUUGUGCGCAGGAAGGAUCUGCCAUCCUUUGAGCCGGUGGACCUCAAGCUGGAGGAUCUGCUGAAGGAGGGGCACAGGCUAGCAGAGGAGCAGGAGAACGUGAACAGAUUGAAACUUUCGGAGGAGUACAUGAAGAAUUCUGGCGGCGGGGGUGUGAGUCUUAUUGGUCUGCAAGGUUGA